AUGGGCAUCAGAGACUUUCAAAGUUAUAUGCUCAAAUCCGGUAAUUUGACGCAAAUAGGUAGAGGUAUUCAGGGGCCACUAUUAAUAGAUGGAAUGGCUGCUUGCUACCGUCUUUACAGGGAACUCGACUGGAAAAAUGGAGGGCAGUAUAAAGAGCUGGAGCAUAAAUGUAUUGAUUUCGUUACAAACCUGCGCAAAUCCAAUAUAGAACCGAUUUUCGUAUUUGAUGGUGUGGACUACAAAGGGGAAAAGAAGCAGACUCUAGUAAGGAGAAGAAUGACUGUGGACAAAAUUUCAUCUUACCUACUGACUGACUGCAUUUCUGACUGCUCUUGCAUACCAAUUUUUGCUAGAAUAGUAAUGUCAGAGGUAUUAAGACAAAUGAAAGUUCCCUUUAUCGUUGCUGAUGGAGAUGCAGAUAGUUUGACUGCAUCUAUAGCUAAUUAUUAUAAAUGUCCAGUUCUUUCCAAUGAUUCUGAUUUUUUCUUAUACAACGUUGAAGGUGGCUACAUACCUUUUCAAUCGUUCGAUUGUACUAAGUGUUGCAUUACUGGAAACAUUUACAACUGGACUGAUUUCGCUUCAAUUUUUCGUAACCCUGAUAUUGUUUACCUCAUACCUGCCCUUGCUAGCAAUGAUUUUAUUUCUGAAAGUGUAGAGCAUGAUGUAAUGGCAGUAAUCAACAAAGGAUCAUCGUCGAGCAUUUUUGCAACAAGAGGGAGGUUUGGCCGUGCGAGACGAACAAGUGGGAGCAGUAACAGGAUAUUUGAUGUGGUAGAUUAUAUUCGUUCAUCUUCAUCGGUGGAAGAAUUCUUCUUGUCAUGUUCCUUCAAGGCUGCAUGA